AUGGCUGUAAAUAUGAUUCGUGAUGCCUGGAGCGAGGACUGCUAUUGGUACCUGAAGCUCCAGAUGGGACCUGCACUGCUGCGAUGCGGAGGCUGCAGCUGGAGGUCCUGGCCUAAGUUAAUGCCCAAGGGAACGGAUGCGGCGCUAAUGCAUACCGCCGCCUCCAAAGAUUUGCGCACUCUCGUCGCCAAUUUCGCAACUGGUCUGGCUCCUAAUGUGGUAUCUGCCUUGCUGGCUCGCCCCCUAGCCUCGCUGGACGCCUGUCGCAUUAUUCUUCCCAGCCACACACACGACCGAUCCACAGACCCUCGCCUAUCCAAUCGAAACGCUGCAUAUUUCUUCGAAUAA